AUGAUUAAAUAAGGUAAAUCCAAGGAUACAGCAGUUUUAAGGACACUCAUCAACACUCAAGCAUAAAAUUUUGCUACAAAAAGAUUGUUAAAAGAUCUCAAUAUAAUUGAAAAAGAGUCCAUUCCCACAGUGGGAGUUACUGCUAGACCUCUUGAACAUGACCUCUUUGUUUGGCAUGCAAAUAUUAGAGGUCCUGUUGGAACCCCUUAUGAAGGUGGAAUUUUUCAUUUUCAAUUGUUGAUACCUGAAUCUUAUCCUCAUUAACCACCUAAAAUAGAUCUAUUUACUGAAUUACCUCAUCCAAAUGUUUUUGGUAAUUCAAUUUGUUUAGAUUUACUUUAAUCAAGAAAGCCUGAAGACAAAGAUAAAUAAUCAGGUUGGUCAAGUGCUUACACUAUCUAAUCCAUAUUAUUAUAAUUAUCAGCUUUUUUGUUUGAAGAGUAAAUUACCGAAAAAAAGGAGAAAUAAUUAGCACAAAUUAAAAAAGCUGUUUAAACUGCAAAUAAUUUUAAAUGUACCACAAAAAAUUGUAAACAUGGUGGAAAACUCUCUUUAUGGCCUUAAUUCAACACUAAGGAAAGUGAUGAAUAAUAAUUUAUUAACAAGUAAACAGAAUAAGAAUUGUUAGAAUAAUAAUUCAUUUGCUUCCAUACUAAAUUAAGUUACAAAAAACCAUAAAUACCAUAAUAUGAUGAUGAAACUAAAAUCAAAUAAGAAAGUUGUCUUGGAAUCCUAUUAAAUGUAUCAAAGGUACCAAGAACUGGUUCAAUUAAGUAAGCAGUUCCAUCUUUAGAUUAUGUAUCAAUCAAAGCCUUUUUAAAUGAGGGAUUAAAAUGGGAUUCGUUAAAUUUGAAAUAUACUCAUUGGUUACCUCUUUAUUUUGGCAAGACUGAUAAUAAAGAAAGAGUAUUACAUCUCUUAUAAAGAUCAUUGUCAAUGAUAAUGACAAAUAAUACUAAAAGAUUCAAACCUGAAUUUGUUUUGGAAGUAUUUCCAAAGAUUACAUAAAGUAUUGUUCAUGGAAUGAUGGCUGAAAAGACUCAUGCAUCAAUUAGAUGUUUAAGAGUGUUAGCUUAAAUUCAUGCCUUAUGGUUAUUAUGUAUGGAAGAAUGGCCUUAACUAUAUUAAUAAGUAGAUGCAAUUAUUUACAAAUUUAUUACUGAUGAAAAGAGUAGAACAAAAGAAUUUACUCCUAAUCUUGGUAUAUUAUUUAAUUUACUCUAUGUAUCUAAAAAAUACACUUUUGGAGAUUUAGUUUAAUCAUAUACAGCAGAAUAAUUAGAUAGAUAAGUAUUUUGGUUAUUGAAAGAAAUUCCAGAAUUAGCAAAUGAAAAAUUGGAAAGUGCAAUAAGUGCAACAAAGAGAGUUGAAAUAACAUUUAAAUAAUAAUCAACUUCAUUUUAAAUGGGUUGUUUUUAAUAUAUUUAUUUAACUUAUGUUGUUUAACCAUUAAAGACAUAGAAGGAGAUUUUAGAAAGAUUUGAUAAAAAUUAUUGUUUGUUAACAACUGGUAUUGAAAAUGGAAUACAAGAAAAGAUAUUUGAAUCUUUUAAACGUGUAGUUAAUUAUGAUGGGUUCUAUGAUUUUAUAGGAUAAUAGAAGAAAUCUAUUGAAGAAUUGAAUUUAUUAUUAAAAUAAGCUGUAAAGAAUUCUAAAGAAAAGAAAUAUCAUGGCACUGUUGAAGAAAUGAAUUAAUUACCACCUGCAAUUGAUUAAGUGAAGUAAUAUUAAAAAAAAUACUCUAAAUUAUAAGAUUUCUAUGUAAUUACUUAAGAAGAAUAAGAUAAAAAAUAAAUUAAAUAUAAUUUUGAAGAAAAACAAAAUGUUGAUUGGAAAUAAGAAUUAUGUAAAAGAUGGGAUUGGAUUGAUGAAUAAUUAAAGUGGAAUACUGAAUUAAAUGCAACUGAACUGGCUCAAUAGUCAAAUUAUAGAAUGUUAAAUGGGUUUAGUCUUAAACCUGAAGAUAGAUUAUAUAAUAAGAUUGAAACACUUAGAAAUCAAUAUCAUAGCAUAAAAUAUUAAACUGAUUUUCCUUAACAUACUUGGCAAUAACUUUAUAUGAAAUUAGAUUUUGAAUAAUUUCUACUUUAAUUUGAUUCUUGUCCUGAUUUCCAAAGCUUUUAUUAAAAAGUAACAAUAGUAAAAGAAUAAUUAUUAGAUUUGGUUCUUGUAUUGAUUCACAUUAAAACUGUUUAAUCAGGAUAUUAUUAUAUUACUGCUGCAAUAGAAUAAUUUACUAAAUUAGUUAGAUUAACAUUAACUGGAUAAAAUUAAUUAGGUAGCAUAAUUUUCCCAAUGAAAGCUGCUAAAUCAAUAUAUAAAGGUCUAAAUAAUUUAAGUAAAUAAUAAAAUAAUUUAUAAAUUCUUGAGAUCAGUAAAAUAAGUUUUGCAGGAAAUUAACUAGAAAUAACAGAAUCUAUAUUUGGAGUAUUAAAUCUAUUUUAAAAUCAAUUAAAAUCUCUUACAAUAGAAAAUACAGAUAUGUUGACAUUAAGUACUGCUGCAAAGACAGUAGGUGCCAUAAUUACUUCAUUUAGAUAACUUGAAUAUUUGAAUUUGAAAGGAUCAAUACGUAAUGCUGAUAUAGCAAAAGAAAUAACAGAUGGUUUAAUGAGAGCAAAAUAAUUAGUAGCUGUAGAUUUCUCUUAGAAUAUAUUAGCUACUGAAAAGGGUUUAGCAUUAAUUGUAUAUAAUUUGAGUUUCUCACCAAAACUAAAAUUCUUAGAUAUAUCAGGAUGUGGAUCAAUUACAUCAGUUGAAUUAGUUGAAAGCUUAUUUAAAUUAUUAAGAAUAACUGCAAGUUUGGAACAUUUAAAUUUAGAGAGAUUAUCUUGUUUGAAUUUAACAUAAGAAUUCUUUAUUGCAUUAGGUGAAAAUAGAACUCUAAAAACAUUGAAUUUGAAUUAUAUUGGAGAAUUUAAUGAUUAAAAAUUAGAAUAAUUAGGUAAAGCAAUAGCAUUUAAUGCAUAAAAGGGAGGAUAAUUAACUAUAAUAAAUUUAAAUAAUGAUGGAAUAAAUUAUUUAAAGUUGUAGAAAUUAGUUGAAAGCAUGGCAAUAUCUAAUUAUGAUAAUGAAGUUUGGUAUGGAGAUGCAAAUAAAGCUAGUAAAAUGUCAGGAGAUGAUUAUAAAAAAGUAUUUAAAUGCAAUUUAUAGACUCUUGAUGUUAAAAUAGCUCCAUUUAAUUCUAAUUUUGAUAUUAAUUAUUAUAAGAGUUAAUAUAAAGCUAAGAAUGAGUUAUAAAACAUUUUUGAGAUGAAUCCAAAUCUUAUAGAUCUAAAUUUUGCUGAGAAAUAAUUUAAUAAGAAAGAUAUGGAUUUAUUAUCUGAAAUUGUACAUCAAAAAGCUAUUAAAUUAAAAGUCUUAAAUUUAAGUAGAAAUAAUUUGAAUAAAGAAGGAGCAAAAGUAUUAAGUACAUUCUUAGAAUCAAACACUACUCUAGAAUUCUUAGAUUUAUCAGGUAAUAAAGUUGGUGUAUCAGGUGGAAAGAGUAUUGCAUUAGCAUUAAGAAAAAAUUAAACACUUAAAUAAUUGAAUCUUUUCUUUAAUCUUAUUGGAUUUGAUGGUGCUAAAGAAUUUGGAUUAACAUUUAAAAUUAAUAAUAUUCUUGAAUUUAUUGAUCUUGGAAAUAAUAGAAUUAGAAAUAAAGGAUUAUUAGCAAUUACAGAAGGAUUAAGUGAGAAUAAAUAAUCAAAAGUAUCUACUCUUGGAUUAAGAUUUAAUUUCUUAUCUGAGGAUGGCAUUUUAAAUUUAAUUAAGAAAACUAAUUUAUAAGAAAUCUUUAUCAAGAAUAAUUCAAUUACUGAUUAUGGUUUAUAUUGUUUAAAAAAAGGAUAUGAUGAAUUAAAAUCAAAUAUUAGAAUAGAUUUGUUCUCUAAAUUAAGUUUAAUUGAGGAGAGUAGACUAGAAAGAACAGCUUGGAUUCAACCAAUCUUUGAAAUCCCAGAUAUUAUUGCUUUCUUCAAUAAAUUUGAAGUAGGUGUUAUAUUAGAUGCAAGAUUUAGAAAGGGAUAAAAGUAUAAAAAUCAUAUAUUGACAUUUAAUUUCAAUUUUGUUGAAUUUGCUGAUCCUAAUAGUUUGAAUAGAGCUCUAGCUUUAGCUUCAACUAAUUAAGCUAUUAUUGAUUCUCAGGCAUUUAGAAUUUAUAAGGCUGGAACAGGAACCUUCAUAUGUAUUUAUUAAAUUAUUAUCAUUUAGAUUAAAAAAAAAGUGCAAAGUAAAAGAAAGCUGAAAGUUCUAAAACUAAUAUUUUAUAAACGAACAUUACUACAAGUAUAGCUACAAGAGAAAGAGGUAGAAGAAGAGACAUGGGAAGAGGUAUAAGAAGAGGCAUGGGAAGAGGUAUUAGAAAAAACAUGGGAAGAGGUAUAAGAAAAAACAUGGUAAGAGACAUCAGAAGAGACAUGGAAAGAGGUAGAGAAAGAGACAUGGAAAGAGGUAGAGAAAGAGACAUGGAAAGAGGUAGAGAAAGAGACAUGGAAAGAGGUAGAGAAAGAGACAUGGAAAGAGGUAGAGAAAGAGACAUGGAAAGAGGUAGAGAAAGAGACAUGGAAAGAGGUAGAGAAAGAGACAUGGAAAGAGGUAGAGAAAGAGACAUGGAAAGAGGUAGAGAAAGAGACAUGGAAAGAGGUAGAGAAAGAGACAUGGAAAGAGGUAGAGAAAGAGACAUGGAAAGAGGUAGAGAAAGAGACAUGGAAAGAGGUAGAGAAAGAGACAUGGAAAGAGGUAGAGAAAGAGACAUGGAAAGAGGUAGAGAAAGAGACAUGGAAAGAGGUAGAGAAAGAGACAUGGAAAGAGGUAGAGAAAGAGACAUGGAAAGAGGUAGAGAAAGAGACAUGGAAAGAGGUAGAGAAAGAGACAUGGAAAGAGGUAGAGAAAGAGACAUGGAAAGAGGUAGAGAAAGAGACAUGGAAAGAGGUAGAGAAAGAGACAUGGAAAGAGGUAGAGAAAGAGACAUGGAAAGAGGUAGAGAAAGAGACAUGGAAAGAGGUAGAGAAAGAGACAUGGAAAGAGGUAGAGAAAGAGACAUGGAAAGAGGUAGAGAAAGAGACAUGGAAAGAGGUAGAGAAAGAGACAUGGAAAGAGGUAGAGAAAGAGACAUGGAAAGAGGUAGAGAAAGAGACAUGGAAAGAGGUAGAGAAAGAGACAUGGAAAGAGGUAGAGGAAGAGACAUGGAAAGAGGUAGAGGAAGAGACAUGGAAAGAGGUAGAGAAAGAGACAUGGAAAGAGGUAUAGGAAGAGACAUCAGAAGAGACAUCAGAAGAGACAUCAGAAGAGACAUGAUAAGAGAAAUCAGAAGAAGUAUGGCAGGAGAAAUCAGAAGAGAAAUGGAAAGAGACAUCAAAAGAGGAGGUAGAGGAAGAGACAUUGGAAGAGAUAGGGAAGAGCUUGAAAAUUAGAUUAUAUAAUGA